CGCAGACCGGCGUGCUUUGCGGCCGUCCGGCGUGCUGGUUCUUCGUGGGGGCCGCGGCUGAGGUUCCACAUCUAGAGAUUUGACCAGUCACAGGUCCCAAAUAUUUGGGGGGAAAAAUUAUCCAUAGGUUGUCACCAGCGACAGUACUGAUGGCUGGUCCCCUGUGGAGGGCAGCAGUCUUUGUACAGAGACAUAGGACAGCUCUCUUGGUGGGUUCCUGCACAGGCCUGUUUGGAAUUCAAAUUUCAUACCACCUGUGCCCAGAUCCCGUGGUCCGGUGGCUAUACCAAUACUGGCCACAGGGCCAGCCAGCUCCACUCUUCCCAGAGCUGCAGAACCUCUUCCAAGAGGUGCUCCAGGACCUGGGUGUCCCAUCAAGCCACUCCUACAAACCCUUUACUACCUUCAUCUUCCAGCCUCUGAGUGCCGGCUUCCCAAAACUCCCUGCUGGGGCUGUAGUGGGCAUCCCUGCCAUCUUCCUGGGUAGCCUAGUAACCACUGAUCAUCCAGUCAUUGUACAUGGGCAAAAAGUGGACUGGCAAAGCCCAGCAGGCACUCGGCUAAGAGAUGCCUUGACCUUGUCCCAUGGUGCCCAGAAAUUCGCCUUGGCCAGGGAGGUGGUGUACCUGGAGAGCAGUGCAGCUGCCCUGCAGGCUGUGCCAGCCCCAGCUUGCCUGGCAGGAACCUGGGCACUUAGCGUGUGUGCUAAGCAUGCCCUAGGGCUCUAUGGAGGCCCUAGGAGCUUACGAGCUGCCUUCAACUUGGCGGCAGCAUUGGCAGGCUUUGUGGCUUACGCCUUCUGCACAGACUCUCUCACUCAUGCUCUGGAAGGCUGGCUGGACCGUCGCACAGCUUCCCUAUCUCCAGACUAUGCCCGCGGUGGAGUUGAAUUCUAUGAGAAGAUUCUAUCUGGCAACCUGGCCCUGCGCAGCCUUCUAGGCAGGCAUGGAGAAAAGCUGUUUGCACCCAGUGGGAACAUCAUCCCUAAACACUGGUUCCGCAUCAAACAUUUACCUUACACCACUCGCCGGGACUCUGUACUGCAGGUAUGGAGGAGGACACUGAACCAAGACCACUCCUGAGGAACCCCUCACCAGGACAUUCCUACCUUGCCUGAGAAGAUCUUUUUUUUUUAAUUAAUUUUUUUAUUUUAAUUUUAUUUUAUUUUUAUUGUGAAA